AUGAGUGUCCGUCUAAAACCUCGUCCAAAGCAUAUACUCCAUAUUACCAACGCUCUUGACCCAGCCAGCCUUAUCGGAAAGCAUGUCAUCGGAUUUCUCGACGACUACCCUUUGUCCCUCACACUCUCCGAAUCGGCUGAAAAGCCUCUAGAAAUUCACUUUGGUGGAGAAUACGGUGGUGGCAAGGAUUUCGAGUAUUUCAUCGAUGAUCAUCUCCGUUUUGCUCUUGAGAAAGCGGCAAGCGAUGGGUUUCGACGCCCUGCCAAGAUCAUCGAUGCUCACGUUGGCGAAGUAACGAAGAAGUAUGAAGUUCCAAAUAAUGAGAAGCUCCCUCAGCAUAAUGGAAAGCUCUGGCAUGAUAAACUUACCUGUAUUGGGCUCCGACUGGAAGGUAUGAAAGAGAUUGGUUACAUCUGGGGCGAGGACACCGAAAAGGCUUGGGAUGAGUUUUGCCUCUAUUGUGGGACUUUCAUUGCAACUGAUAAGCAGCUCGAAGAGAUUGAAUUGGAACAUCAAAAGAAGGAAAAAGAAAGGAAGUCGCAGUUAAAGCUUUCGGCGGAAAUGCAGCUCUUGAAAGAGAAGGUUCUGCGCUGCAAGUAA